GAAAUACAAAGCGCCUCUUCUUUUUCAUCGCAGACGGAAGUUCGAAACCCGGCAAUCUCACUUUCGCCGCGCGCGGUUCGCAAGCCGAAGAAGGGCCGCACCGCCGAUCGCCAUGGAAGCCGCCGGCGAGCGACGAGGAAGGAGAAAGCCGGCGGCGGCGGCGUCGGAGGCCGGGGGCACGGCGCGCGCCGUCGAGCUAGACGCGCCGCCGCUGUUGGAGUAUCCCGGGAGCAGCACCGAAGUCCGCGUCUGGCCGUUGGACUGCUCCGUCGAGAAUCACUUCAGAGCGGUGGACUCGGUCGCGGAGCUCUGCGGCGAGGCGGGCGUCGGCGCUCUGGACGACGGCGAGAUUGCGAGGUUGUCUUCUUCGAUCGCUUUCUCAAGCGAUGCCACUGAGGAAUGGAGGCACUUGAACUAUGAACCCAAGGUUAUCAAAUUUGCUAAGGAAGUGCGGGGUUUGCAGGAACAGGAUGCUGGCACUGAGGUAACCUUGCCACCAUUCUCGUCUGCAACUGUUCCUCAGGAUAAUGGACCCCACGCAAAUUGCAACAGCAAGGAUUUUGUCAUAUAUGUUGGAGGUUCAAUUUGGGCUCUGGAUUGGUGUCCCAGAGUUUGCCACAGACCUGAAUAUCAGACUAAAAAUGAGUUCAUAGCUGUUGCUGCUCAUCCUCGGGGAUCUUCUCAGCACAAAUUGGGUGCCCCACUUACUGGCAGAGGUGUCAUUCAAAUAUGGUCUCUUCUUAACAUAAGUGGAGAUGGGGAAGAGGCAUCUUUAGUGGACAAGCCUAGACAAAGGCGUGCAAAUUCACAAUCCCUAAAAGAGAAAUCAUCUCAGCCUCCAAGACCUAGGGGAAGACCUAGAAAGAAGCCCUUAGAAAGACCUUCUGAUGACUCGAAUUGCAACAGUCAAUUCGGUCAGCCUCUGGCUGGUGACUUUCCGGAGAAGACACCGGUAUCAUAUACUUUAGAUGGGGUUUCUGGGGUUCUCAGUGCACAAAUUGCAGGGAAAGAUUCUGGCCGAAAAAGAAGAAGUAGCGAAGCAGCAGCAUCCCCAAAUACUGGUAGAAGGUUAGAUAAUGUCGGUGGUGUGGAAAGCUGUCAUGUCAAUGAACAUGUGUCAAUAAUGACGGAAAAUGAGGAAAGAUUCUUGCCCUGCAUAAAUCAGCAAGGUCAAUCUGGCUUUAGAGCGUGUUCUGCAGGAAAUAAUGCUGUUGGAAGUUAUAGCAGAUCGAGUUCUGGUACUUUAAUAUCGGAGGAUGUUGCCGCACCAAGGUUGGUGUUUUGCUUUUCUCACAAUGGAAAAGUUGCGUGGGAUGUGAAAUGGCGGCCAUUUGAUAUGCAUGAAACCAAAUGCACACAUCUGAUGGGCUAUCUAGCCGUUGUGCUGGGGAAUGGGUCUAUAGAAGUGUGGGAGGUUCCAUUGCCUCAAACGGUGAAAGUUAUUUAUUCUUCUACUCAGAGGGAGGAUACUGAUCCUCGCUUUAUAAAACUGGAGCCAGUAUUUAGAUGCUCGACACUUAAAUCUGGUGGCAUACAGAGCAUCCCGCUGUCUGUGGAAUGGUCGACUUCUCACCCACAUGAAUAUUUGCUUGUUGGGUGCCAUGAUGGAACGGUAGCUUUGUGGAAAUUCUUUGCAAGUAAUUCAUCCAAAGAUACAAGGCCUUUGCUUCAUUUCACUGCAGAUACAGUUCCUGUCAGAGCAGUUGCUUGGGCCCCUUUUGGAAGUGAUCCCGAGAGUGUAAAUGUCAUAGUCACUGCUGGACAUGGAGGCAUUAAGUUCUGGGACAUGCGUGAUCCAUUUCAUCCCUUGUGGCACAUUCAUUCUGCACCCAAGAAUAUCCUUAGCAUUGAUUGGCUGCCAGAUCCUAGAUGUGUUCUUUUAUCAUUUGAUGAUGGAACAGUGAGAUUGCUUAGCUUGUCAAGGUCUGCAUAUGAUGGUCCUGUCACUGGAAAACCUCUCAGUAGCACGAAACAAAGGUUGCAUACAUUGUACUGUUCAUCUUUUGCCAUCUGGAGUGUUCACGUCUCAAGACAUACUGGGAUGGUUGCCUAUAGUGGUGCUGAUGGAAACGUUUGCCAAUUCCAGCUCACCUCCAAGGCAGUGGACAAGGAUCCAUCACGACAUCGAGCCCCACAUUUCCUGUGUGUGUCUGUUGCAGAGGAGGGAUCGGCCAUUGUACUUAACAUGUCGCCAUCAGAUACUCCUGUCACACUAGGAAAACAACUUAAGGGGACCCCAAGUUCAACGCAUGAAAUGCUAUCUGCAUCUCCUGAGGUGGAAGAAGCCAUGGAAAACGAGGAGGAAGGACCAACUCCUGAUGACCAAAUACUAGCACUGUGCUAUGGUGAUGAUCCAAGUGUGGAAACGGGCUGGGAGGAGACAUUGGCAUCUUUCAAGAGCAAAAAGAACCAAUCCUCUGGGAAGCUUAAUAAGAAAAGGCCGCGGGUUGAGAUCCAAAGGGCCAAAGAGCCAGAGACAGUUCCUGAGGGAGCAGAAAAUGCGGUUACUUCGACAGAAUUUGAGACUUUUCCUCCUAAGAUUGUGGCGAUGCACAGGGUGAGAUGGAACAUGAAUAAAGGCAGUGAGAAAUGGUUAUGCUCUGGUGGUGCUGCUGGAAUAUUGAGGUGUCAACAGAUAAAUACGUUGAGUACAGAUCGUAAAUCAAAAUGGAAAUGAGGAAACAGAGAUUUUCACCAGUCUGGUAAUUUGAGGCUUCAUAUUCAGUUUUUGGUGCCGAUGCAAAUACGUGAUAUAGCGUUUCCCUCUUUGGGUCAGUAAAUAUGCAUCAAAGCUUAUCUUGGAGGUUUCUUGAAGAUUAUAGUUAAGCUUGCCCGUUGUCGGCAUGGAACAACACUUGCUACAGUGGAAGAUUUCUUAUUGUAUCUCAUUGAUUUUCAGAAAGGCUAUGACCGUCGGUUGUAAAUGGGUCUAUAUAAGACUAAGAGGAUGCGUCUGGCAAUGUCGAGAGAUACAGAGCCCAACUUAGCUCAUUGUGACUCAGGUUACGACAGGCAAGAUAAUUUUUUUAAGUCACUUGCCAAUACAUAUUCAGGUAUGCUACAUGAAACAAGAUGAAGGGAUUGGAAGAAGUCUCUUAUAUCAUUGGCAUAAAGAUUCAUAGAGAUAGAUCUCAAAGAUCAUUAGGAAUAUCUCGAUCAUUAGGAAUAUCUCGAAAGGGUCUCCAUUCAAUGUAGGAUUCUUAUCCUAAGUUACUGGAAUUUUGAUCGGUUAUAAAGUAGGAUCAUGUGGAGCAUAUGGAAAUUGUUAUUUCAUCAAGUAUUUGCCGUACAUUUUUUUAUCGUGGGGACGUUAUGUCGAUGUUCUCGGAACUAAAUAUUACUACACCAACGUUUAUUUGCCUGAGUUCAUUUCCCAACUUUUCUAUGAAA